CGUAUGCAAACAGGAACAUGGCUGCCGGUGUUUGACACAUCAGUCCAUUUUGCUUCAUUUUGUCGGCUUGACGCCACUGUACUGUCUCCUCUUCAUAUUUGCCCUACGACUGGGAGCAGAGCGUUUGUUGGGGAUUUUUUUCUUUUUGCGCGUCUUCUGACAACUGUUUCUUUAGUUUCUCGCCGAGGAAACAGUGAAUCGUCAUGGCAAGUCCAAGAACCAGAAGAGUUUUGAAGGAAGUAAGAACGCAGGAUGAAAAUUCUCUAUGCUUUGAAUGUGGAGCCUUCAACCCUCAGUGGGUCAGUGUGACCUACGGAAUCUGGAUAUGUUUGGAAUGCUCUGGAAAACACAGAGGCUUGGGGGUACAUCUCAGUUUUGUACGUUCCGUCACGAUGGACAAGUGGAAGGAUAUUGAGCUUGAAAAGAUGAAAGCAGGAGGGAAUGGCAAAUUUCGUUUAUUUCUGGAACUCCAAGAUGAUUACAAUCCUAACUGGACUUUACAGGAGAAGUAUAACAGCCGAGCUGCUGCGCUUUUUAGGGACAAGGUUGCCACUGAAGCAGAGGGGAAGGAGUGGUCCAUUGAGGCAUCUUCUGCCAAAAAUUGGACCUCACCUCAACCCAAAAACAAUCUUUCAUCCUCCCACCGGUCCGCGGGAUCUGGAGCCAACUCGGCCGUAUCUGGCGAUCAAGCUUUUGAGGACUGGUUGACUGAUGACGUCAACUCUUACCAGAGCGGAGGCGGUUAUAGUGGGAAUCAAGAGAACCGCUACGUCGGCUUUGGCAACACCGUAACCCCAGAGAAGAAGGAGGAUGACUUCAUUAACAACGCCAUGUCCUCCAUUUAUUCGGGUUGGAGCAAUUUCACCGUCGGAGCCACUAAGUUUGCUUCUAUUGCAAAAGAUAAUACAACAAAACUGGCUAAUCAAGCAACUCUAAAGGCCACAGAGUUAGGACACACAAUAAACGAAAGUGUUAUCAAACCUACCCAGGAAAAGGUGAAAGAUGGCAAAUUUCUAGAUGAAAUGACGGUCGGCAUCAAUGAGUUUGCAAACAAGGUGCAGGGAGCCGGUGCCAAAUUGUCCAAUCUUUUCUCGGGCAAGACGGAAGACGGAGCCGCCGGCGAUAGCUACCAGAACAUGGACGCCGCCGAGGGAUAUCAGGGCGGCUCCGGUCAGCCCGUCUCCAAAGACUUCUGGGAAACAUUUGGUAGCAACAGCUCUCUCAAGGCCAAGAAAUCCCCGAGCAGCGACAGCUGGACCGUUGCAGAUAAUUCUGCAAAGAAGAGCUCUGACAGUUGGGACAAUUGGGGCUCAGAUGCGGCGUCCAACAACAAACACAGCACGGAGGAGAGCUGGGAAGCCUGGGACAACAACUGGGAGAAUGCAGAUGGUAAGAGCAAAAAGAGUCCCACCAAACCUGCUGAGGAAACAUGGGCUAAUGCAGACUGGUAGUCCCCUUUCGGCUUCUUUUAUUCCACAUCCAAUAGCACUGACAGACCGGCAAGGUGCCAUCCUUUUGUCACCAUCAACCCAUUCAAAUUGAUCACAUGGCUAAAGUUUACAUCAACUGCAUGAUAAUAGAAAAAAAAAACCUACCCAUGGCAGCGAAACUACAUGGGCCUGGAUUUGAUUUUCUUUACUCUUGUAAAUAAUCCCCUCCAGAAAAAGUAGGUCAGCAGUGUAAAUCGGCGAGAGAGAUCUGAAAUGGUGAAAGCGAUCCUAAAAUAUUCCUAUUGGUAAUUGAGCCAAUGUCCAUACUGUAUACUUGUUGAUAUGAUUGUUCAUUUUGCUUUCAAAUGAAAGUUAUGCACCAGAUACGAAAAUGGUUGUUACUAUGAAUCGUUGUAAAUACAGUAUGAACGCGCUAGUGCAUUUGUCUUUCUGGUCAUCCUCAUUGACUUUUAUUUUAAGCAGAAAUUUUGCAAACGGACAUUGUGUCACGUCAAAUAUUGUUAUGCGAAUCAUUCCUACACCUUAAUGGACCCCCUAUCCCCCAAAUCAACCUUGAAAGUAUUUACCCCACCUGUGUACGCUUCCCAAAAAUGAAUCUUUCAUCUGUAUACUUUCCAAAGAAAUACAAUUGAUCAGGUGAUUUGCAUUUUUAUGCAAUGACCAUACAAUUAAUCAAGUUGAAAUAUAUGUUCACGCGAGGCUGUAUGCUUCCAUCAUUGACCACAUAUUUUGAAUAAGUCUAACAUAUGUGAACUGAUGAAACACAUGUAGAAGUAUCUGAGCAAUUGCACCUUCACAACUUAACAAUUUGGUGAGAGAUAAUAUCUUGGCUAGCCUUGGCGCUCAAUCAAUAUUUGAUCCAUAGUUUUUAUUUAUUUUUUUUAAAAUCACUCCAUUGUCCUUGAGUGAAAGGCAUGUAUUUUUAUGAAGUUGAACUUGUUGUGGAUGAGUGCAUACAUAAUGUGUUUUAUAUACAAUUAUGGAAGCUUCUAUUAAACAUUUUCAACGUCAAAAGGCUUAUACAUAGGUCAACUCUGUCACUAUUUGGGAAUUUGGUUAAUUGCAGUCUUGUGUGGUUUCUAACCCACUUCUAUUUCCCCCCCCUCUUACUUGGGUGCAUUCUGGUUGAAUACAGUACUGUUCUCUUUUUCAUCUUGGUGUCAGGGAAGUAUGUUGAAGUGAGUAGAGGAGUUUUAUUUCAACAUAGAGCUUUACCACCAUCUUUUGGCAUCAAGAGGUAACUACAGAUCAUGUUAUGGUCAUUCCUCGCGGACAGCAUUUGUGGCAGAGCUGGAUUCAUAUCUUUUUGAAAUGAACUGUACUCUAAACAAUACAUUCAGAUGACCCAUUUUAUGGUAGGAAAAAAAUGUAUGAAUACAGUACACGAAAAAAAGUGGUUUUGGGGGCUUUGCUUGACAAAUACGAGCGAGCAGUUGUUUCUUCCAGUGUAACCCUGAAAGAUAUUUCCACCUUUUUUUCCUCCUCCCGUUGAAUGACAUUUGAUGAAGCAAACUAUUCCAUUCCGUGUUUCUACCUCGAAGAAGAGUUUUAUUAUACAGUAUUUGGUGCGUCUAUGUUUAUUGUUAGGAAACUGGUUUCAUCUUUAAGAAAAUGGCUGGAAAACAGCAUGGAUGUCCAUGCAGAAGUAAAAACAUGGACCAAAAAUGCAUCUGUCUGAUUGUGUGCCCUUAUGUGUUAAAAGCCUUAAACUCUUGUUCUUUGCUCACUUCAUCUCAGUUGAUGUGCUUGGACUUUUGCUUCUGUAUAUGAACAUCCCGUAUCAUUUGGAAGCUUUCUGACACUAUUGGAUUGUGUUGUCAUCGGUGUAUUGCACAUGUCCCAUAGCAAAAGGCCACACAAUACUUUUCUAUCUUGUUGUGGGUGUUGACAAAAUUUGCAGAUAAACAAAACCCCAAUAGGAACAGAAUAUUUGGUAAGCUGGCCGGACAUUCCGCUCUGGUCGCCAUGUUGUCAUUUCCUUGAGCCUUUGACUAACAGUCCAGUUUUAAUCUUGCAGAGGUCCAUCAUAUGACAUAAGAAAUAUAUGACAUAGUCUAAAACACAAAAUAAUGCAAGCAUCAGAAAAUAGAUAUUGAGUGCAAUAUAUCAAUGUGUAAUAUGUAUGAGAACACAAUCCAACAUGAGAUUUCGAUUUCACAUCAGCAUGAUGUAUAUUAUCUGAUGUUUAAAAAAAAAAAAAAAAAAAAGUCACGUGCAAUCUUAUGUGCAUGUGUUGUUGCGGUGCGUUUCAGCUAAAUUGCUGAAUGUGUGUAAACAAAAUGCAUCUGCGUCCUGACAAAAAAAGGUGAGACCAUAUUGAGUCGACAUGUAAUUCUAACCAGCUCAGCUGUUGUGCCUGUGAACAAUGUUAUGUUCAUGUCUCUCAUGUCAUAGAUGUUAUUUUUGAUGUUGUGCAUGAGAUGUGUCAUGUGAAAUUGAAAGCAUUCAGCUGUUGUUCGAAAUGGUUCAAGUCGGCUUGUGUUACAGGCUGUGGAUAUUUCUCUGUACAAAUUAUUUCUGUGUUCAAUAAAAUGUGUUGUCAAUUCAAAACAAAAAUACACAAUGGAACUUUUUUUUUUUUUGACGUGCAUUCAAACCAAACAUAAUUGCCAAAGGGUUUGUCAAUCCUGGCUGCACGGGAGGAUGUGUAUUAUUAUAAUU